AUGCUGCCUACAAAACCCUUGUCUGCCAGCAAACAUAAGAAGUCCUGGGCCCCAAAUCUGUAUGAGCUAGACAGUGACUUGUCUAACGAGCCGGAUGCCAUCGUAGGAGAAGGCCCAAGUGACUCUGAAUUCUUUCAUCAGAGGUUUCGGAACUUCCUCUAUGUAGAAUUUGUGGGGCCUCGGAAGACCCUGAUCAAACUCCGAAACCUCUGCCUCAAUUGGUUGCAGCCGGAGACUCGCACCAAGGAGGAGAUCAUCGAGCUCUUAGUCCUUGAGCAGUACCUGACUAUCAUCCCUGAGAGGCUCAAGCCUUGGGUGCGAGCCAAACGGCCAGGGAGCUGUGAGAAGCUCGUCACCCUGCUGGAGCGCCACCAUCAGAUGUACCAGCCAGAAGACGACUACAGUGACGUAACUACCAGCGACGACGACGACAUGAGACGGAACAGAGAAAGCCCGCCGCCUCGUCCCGAGCGUUCCUUCAGCAGUGAUCGGGACUAUGUCUGGGACCCGGACUGGAACAGGAGAGGCAGAAGCAGAGACCUGGAACCCCGAGACCGCUGGGCGUACCCCAGGAGUCCAAGAAGCAGGCUGCCUCACCGUGAUCGUUCCCUUCCUGUUAUGUCGAAAUCAAGCUUUGAAAUGGACAGAGAGGAUGACAGGGACCCACCGGAUUAUGAACCCCAAUGCCAGGAUGAUGAGUCAUACCAGAAUGCCAUGGACACGGACGACGACAGGAAACCUCAGAAUCCAAUCCAGGACAACAUGGAGAACUAUCGGAAGCUGCUCUCUCUAGGGGUACAACUUGCUGAAAAUGAUGGCCACUCCCACAUGAUGCAAGGCCACUCGUCAAGAUCCAAGAGAAGUGCCUACCCUAGCACCAGUCGAGGCCUGAAAACCAUGCCUGAAGCCAAAAAAUCAACCCACCGGCGUGGAAUUUGUGAAGAUGAAUCUUCUCAUGGAGUGAUCAUGGAAAAGUUCAUCAAGGAUGUGUCCCGCAGCUCCAGGUCCAGGAGAGCUAGAGAGGCAGCUGAGCGCUCGCACAGGUUCCCCAGAGUGGCCGACGAUGGUUGGAAGGAUGGGCCGUUCCAUCAGAGGGACUCAGCUAUUGAGCAGAGGGGUUAUGAAGGUAGUGCCUUCAGGGCAGGCUUCAGGCUUAACCCAAACCUGGCUUCUAGAAGGAGGGUCCUUGAAAGAAAGAGGCGCUAUCCUUUUGACACAGAUGGCCAGGGCCCGAGCUGUGACCAGAGGGCCAGGAAGAAGCCCUUUGAGUGUGGUGGUGAGGUGAGGAAGGCCCCUAGCGCCAGCAGCGCCAGCAGCGCCAGCAGCUCCAGCAGCGCCAGCAGCUCCAGCAGCCCCUCGUGCAGCACGGCCCGGCCGGCUGGCUUCGGCGCCAUGCCCUACGUGUGCGACGAGUGCGGGCGCUCGUUCAGUGUCAUCUCGGAGUUUGUCGAGCACCAGAUCAUGCACACUAGAGAGAACCUGUACGAGUACGGCGAGUCCUUCAUCCACAGCGUGGCCAUCAGUGAAGAUCAGCAAGGCCAGACUGGAGGGAAGCGUUUCGAAUGCAAGGAUUGUGGGGAAACCUUCCACAGGAGUGCCGCUCUGGCUCUGCAUCGGAAUGUCCACAGGGACUACCGCCUGGAAAGCCGGGAUCAGGGUUAUGAGGAGGCCUUCAUGCCCAGCCCAACCUUCAGCGAGCUGCAGAAGAUGUAUGGCAAAGACAAAUUCUAUGAGUGCAAGGUGUGUAAGGAAACCUUCCUUCAUAGCUCUGCCCUCAUUGAGCAUCAGAAAAUCCACGGCAGAAGAAACCUCAACGACGCCCGGGAGUUCGGGCGUGAGCGCCAGCGCGCCCGCCCGCGUGAGCUGGAGCGAGACGCCUUGCGGCCCAGCGCGGCCUUCGGCGGCUUCCAGAAGAUGUGUGGGAAGAAGCUGUACGAAUGCAGAGUGUGCGGGGACACGUUCCUCCACAGCUUCUCUCUGAAGGAACAUCUGAAGAUCCAUGCUCGGGGAAACCCAUUUGAAAAUAGGGGCAAAGUGUGCGAGGAAACCUUUAUCCCUGGUCAGUCUUUUAAGAGGCAUCAGCGAAUGUACAUCAAGGAGAAGCUCUAUGACUUCCUGCCGAGCUCAGACUUCAGUGCGUAUCCAAGACUUCGUUCUCGGAAGAGUCUCUUUGAAGGCCAAGGGUAUGGAAAGUCCAUCGUCCACAGCACGCCCUUCACAGAGUCUCAGAAGAGCCACACCAUAUCCAAGCCACCCGAAGAGGAGGAAGGCGAGAAGGCGACCGCCAGCAGCUCCAGCGCCAGUGCGAGCCAGGGCUCUCCCACCGGAGACAACACCUGGGAGAGGAAGCUGAGCGAGAGCUGCGUGACUCACAGCCUGGCCUCUGCUGCCGCUCCGAGGAGCCACAGCGCGGGAGGGCCCAGCAAACCGUGGGUGAUGGCAGAGUCCACCGGGCCGAGCUCCAGCCUCAGCAGCUACCAGAAAAUGUGUGCAGGAGGCAACAGCUCUGAAGGAAAGGAAUCCAUGAGAUCUGUAAUCCACGGCCUCGCCGCUCCCCGACCUCUGAAACGCCACUUGAUGAAUGACCUGAGUGGAUGCGAGGAGAGGGGAGAAUCCUCCAUUUACUUGCCGGACCUUGGUAAUAAGCGGCAGAAGAUUCUUGCUAGAGAGAACCCUUCCGAAGGGGCCGUGAAGAGCAAUCGCGAGGACUCUGUUACACAGGGUGUGUCCUCUGCCGGACCUCAGCAAAGCCCUGCAGGAGAGGGACCCAGUGAACCAAAGCAGGGUGCUGAGUUUCCUGUUCCCAGCUCAAGCGUCCGCCAGCAUCAGAAAGCUCGAGCUAAAAAGAAGUACCUUGAGCCUAGGAGCGGUGAGACCUCUGCCUUUUGUCCCCUGCCUUUUGGGGAGCUGCCGAGAAUUCGCCCAAGAGAGAAGCUCUAUGAAUGUCACGAGUGUGGGGAGUUCUUUGCUCACAUCUUCGACCUCACUGAGCAUCAGAAGAUUCAUGACAGAGAGAAGCCUUCUGGAAGCAGAAGCUAUCAACACUCCGUCACUUGCAGCUGGGCCCCCACUGACCCUCAGACAAGUUAUGCCCAAGAGCGCUAUGGUCAAGAGCAAGCACGCAACCAAGUUAGGUUCAGGCAGUAUUUUACUAACACCAGCAACCUUGGUGCACGCCAGAAGAGCCUCGGCAAGUCCCAUGGCGAGGAGCCCCGUGGCAAGGAGCCCCGCGGCGAGGAGCCCCAUGACAAAGAGACCCAGGGCCAGGAGACCGUUGAGUUUGCUGUGGUUCAGGGUUCCGACUCAGGUGAGCCUCCGAAGGAUGACUCCGUUUAUGAAUGUGAGGACUGCGGGCUGGGCUUCGUGGACCUCACAGACCUCACAGACCAUCAGAGCGUCCACAGCUCCAAGGCCACGUGUCUCGUGGACAGCCGCGAGUACACCCACUCUGUGAACCACACCCGCUCCGUCAGCGACUAUCAGAGAGACUACACCGGAGAGCAGCUCUACGAGUGCCCCAAGUGCGGCGAGUCUUUCAUCCACAGCUCGUUCCUUUUCGAGCACCAGCGAGUCCACGAGCAGGACCAGCUCUACGCCCUGAAGGCGUGCGAUGACGCCUUCGUGUCUGUCCUGCCCGCGAGGCCGCGGAAGAGCCGCGCCGCCGAGAGGAGCCCCGCCGUCGCCGGGCCGUCCGUCCGGUGCUGUCAGUGCGGCCAGGCUUUCAGCCACGGCUCUGCCCUGCACGAGCAUCUGAGGCUGCACAGAGCAGAGGAGCUGCUGGAGCGGAGGCGGCAGGCCCGGGAGGCCAUCGCCUCACGCCUGGCGCUCGCCGCGCUGCAGGGGAGCGGGAGCCAAGAGAAACUCUUCCGCUGCACCGUGUGCGGGGAGAGCUUCCUCACGGCCUCCGAGCUGGGGGACCACCACGCCAGGGCCCACAAGGACGAGCCCUACGACUACGGCCCCGCCUUCACCCACACCUCGUUCCUCGCCGAGCCUCUCAAAGGAGCCAGCCCGGUCUUCGCUCACAGCGCCAUCCUCCCCGAGCACAGGGAGCUCCGGCCUCAGGGCGGCCGCGAUGGCGACGAAGACGCCGCCCGGGCCGCGGGAGCCAACGUCCUGGUCAUCCCGCAGGAAGUGCUGCAGAUCCAGGGGUCAAACGUGGAGGCCGCCGAGCCCGAGGUGGAGGCCGCCGAGCCCGAGGUGGAGGCCGCCGAGCCGAACGGGGAGGCUGCAGAGCCAGACGGAGAGGCGGAGCAGCCGAACGAGGAGGCUGACGAGGCCGAGCAUCCACACCUAGAUGCUGACGAGCCAGACGGUGCCGACAUCGAAGACCCCGAAGAGAGAGUGGAUGAGCCGGAGGGGGAUGCCGACGAGCCUGACGGUGAGGAAGAAGAGGAGGAGGAAGAGGAGGAGGAAGAGGAGGAGGAAGGUGAAGAUCAGGAGAUUGAGAUUGAAGAGCCAUGCUACGACUGCCAGGAGUGCACGGAGACCUUCACUUCCGGGGCGGCGUUCAGCGAGCACCUCAAAGCCCACGCCAGCGUGAUCGUGUUUGAGCCGGAAGAUGCCUUCGGGGAGUGCUCCAGCUACACCCAACACGCCGGCGCCGGCGCUGCGCACCAAGCCGACGACAAGUACUUCAAGUGCGACGUCUGUGGGCAGCUCUUCAGCGACUACCUGUCUCUCACCACUCACCAGAGCACCCACACUGGCUGA